CAUCACUCAGUACAUUCUUGGAAUUCCGAGCCUGAGUGUAGCUUUGAUUCUUUAGAUAUACAGAAUCAUAAACUACCAUCAAAAUGACGACUAUGACAAGACUGGAACAGGAGCUGGAGAAGCUUGCAGUGGAGAAAGACCGUUUGGGAGACAUCCGAGGACCACCGCAACAGAGUUACACAUCUAGCACAGUGUCGUCUUCAAGCAUCUACAAUACGCAACCCAAAAAAUAUGCACCAGUGACCGCACCUAAACCACGGCGUAAUGAAGAUGGCACUCUUCCACCGUCUGGUUCUCGUGAAACUACCAUCAAAAUGACGACUAUGACACGACUGGAACAGGAGCUGGAGAAGCUUGCAGUGGAGAAAGACCGUUUGGGAGACAUCCGAGGACCACCGCAACAGAGUUACACAUCUAACACAGUGUCGUCUUCAAGCAUCUACAAUACGCAACCCAAAAAAUAUGCACCAGUGACCGCACCUAAACCACGGCGUAAUGAAGAUGGCACUCUUCCACCGUCUGGCUCUCGUGGGAUGCUGCCCCCUACAUUGCCAAAGCCAUACAAAGGACCUCUUCCUCCUCCUCCGCCCGCUAAAACAUCACACCGUCACGAGCAGCUUAGUAGAUCUAGGCCAGGAGGGCCAGGUUUGUCUAGUUAUUCCCCUGUAGCAUACUCUGUGCCUGAUGAUGAUUUACCUCCCCCUCCACCACCCCCAGUCAACUACCAGAUGGGAAGUGGACAAACUGACGAUCUUCCUCCUCCACCUCCACUAGAACCUGGGUAUGGUGCCAAUUAUGCCCCACCACCACCACCUCAAAAUGCCCCAUACAAUGAACCAUACCCCCGUGCACAUGUUGGACAGAUUCCACGUACUGCCCCAGAGCCAGGCCGUCCUCCAUCGCAGACCCAGUCAUAUGCACCUCGCCGCACACCACAAGUGCCCCGCCCUCAAGAACCAGUCCCCCCUGGUACCCAGAAGGCCAAAUCCACUGAAUGGGCAUAUUUUCUGCCUCAGCCAUCUGACCAACCAAUCUCUAACCCUGAUAAAACCGGUCCGGAAGCAAAGGUUGACCAGCUGACCAAUCUUCUGGUUCAGAAUAUGGACAGUCGGCCAGACGAAGGAGAAUACUUUGGUCUUUGUGCACAAUGCGGCCUGAAGGUUGUCGGAGAGGACUCGGGGUGCACAGCUAUGGACCGUGUGUUCCAUGUUGCAUGCUUCACGUGUGAAACCUGUCACACCAAGUUACGUGGACAACCAUUUUAUGCUAUGGAGUCUAAAGCUUUCUGUGAGAACUGUUAUAUAUCGUCUCUUGAGAAGUGUUCCACUUGCUCCAAGCCAAUCACUGAGCGGAUCUUGCGUGCAACAGGAAAACCUUACCACCCUGCUUGUUUCACCUGUGUUGUGUGUGGCGAGAGCCUUGAUGGUGUUCCAUUUACUGUCGAUGCAACCAAUCAAAUCCACUGUAUCAAAGAUUUCCAUAAACUUGCUCUUUCUGUUUGUAAAACAGAACAUAGAGCUUUUCCUCAUUGGUGUGCUUUGGAUUGUGGACUACAGUUAUCAUCAGAAGUAGAUGGACAAGGUUGCUAUCCAUUGGACGAUCAUGUGCUGUGCCGCGAGUGCAAUGCAAAGCGAGUGCAGAGUCUCACCUCCGGAAACGUCCACUAAGAAACUUGGAUAAAAUAAUAUUCUACAGUUCUCAACACCUUAAUUAAGUGUGCUUCCAGCUGAAAUUUUAUGUACAUUGUGAUAGCAUAUUAGGAAUGAGUUGCGAGAACAACACUUACCAUUUUAACUGUAGUAAGGCUGCUGAUUAAGAAAUUUAUUUAUAACUGUAAGGCUGGAAGAAUUUAGUUGAGCGUUAAUUUGGCUGAUUUCAAAUAGAGCGUUGAUGAUAUUCUUUAAAUGGUGCUUGUAGUAAAUCAUGUUUAGGUUCUGAUAGAAUUUAGCACACUACUUAAUUGUUAGUUUAUUGAAUUGAUCUCAUACACAAAAAUAAAUAUAUCUUUGUAGAUAAUGCAAAUUUAAAUAGUGGCUUUUUAGAUUUUUAGUUUUUAAGUACUAAAAUAACAUACAGUAUUUGAUUACAUAUACAUAUAGCAUCACCAUAGUAUGGGUGGUGAAAUUACAAACUAACUAUUAUGUACAUAUGAUUUUUAAUAUAUCAUCUUUGAAAAAAGAGCAAUGGUAUAGAUAAAUAGGCUAAAAGAUGCUAUUUGAUAUGUUGUUAAUAUGUUGUUAGUGCCCGAUUAACAUUAAAAUAAACCACAGUAUUAUUGUAUCAUCCAGGCUGAUCGGAACUUGAUUGCAGGUUAGUGAAAUAUUUUGGGAUAUUGUUAAGUACUUUGAAACAUGGUAGUUUUCUACAACUAAAUCUCUGCUAGGAUGAUGAUGUAUUUAUAGUGCUACAUGGACAAUUUAUGUAAUAUCCAGGUCCUUUGUGAUGCUAUCCAGGUCCUUUGUGAUGCUCUUUAAAUUUUUGAUCAACCAAUCCAUACACUCGCUUCGUCCUACGGUCUUUGGGCUACGUAAUUCUAUGUAGAAUGAACUGCCACAACGUGCUUGCAACGGAUCUUUCCAAUGACUAUGCGUUCAGACUGUCAAUGACAAUCAGCAGAUGCUGUUACGUCGUCUGUCGCUUAGUGGGGGCGGUGUUGGAUAAGUCGUACGACAGACAUACGACCAUGAGCGCCAGGCUUUGCAUACAACCAUACGAGUUCAUUAGCAGAAUAACAUUUUUGCAUAGAUAGGUUAUUAGACUAUGAUGCACCAAAGACAAAUAUCUUCUUUCUUAAAACAAUGUGCUUUUUUUAAAAUAUUUCCUAAUUAUUUUUUUUUUUGUGUUUAAUACAUAAAUGAAAUUUAAUGUAUUGUUAAUCAUGUACUUUUUAAGUUUUUGGAUGUUAUUCAAACUUCGGUUGUUUUCAGCAGAGGAAAAUGAUUUUGAAAAGCAUUAUAUUUGUAACAUGCACUUAUUAAGUCUAAUAUCUGUGUAUUCAUUGUCAUCCUAGCAUUGUUUUAUUAAAUUAAAAAAACAUUAGUUUUAUCUAUCAUUCUAAAAACCCUCCAAUCCAAAAUCUUGAAGCAAUUUGACUUAAAAUUAAAUAAUGAUGUUAAUUUUAAUAAAAAUGUAUUAUUUGUAUAAAAAACAUUCAUAUAUUAUGAUCUACGUAUAGUUGAAUUUAAUUCUUUGCUAUCAACCGCACAAAGGUGUGUAAUUGGAUUAAACACAUAACAAAUAAAAAGUGUUUACAAUAUGAUGUAUCAUUAGAUUAGGAGCAUGGUCUGUUUUAAUACUGUGAAUGUUGUUUUAUUUUUUCAUAGUUUUGAUAUAUAAAUGCAACAAAUUGUAUAAAGCAGCUGAUAGACACUCAAACAUAAUUGCCUCUAGCGCUAGAUAAUGAAUACAGUAGAACAGUUGCAUAUGGGAGAGAAAAAAACAAUGUAUAUGACAACACCACAGGAAGACCCACUUACCGACAGCUCUGUCAUCACUAUCUUGUUUUAUGUGAAUUGCCCAAAUUUAAGUGUAAUAUGAUAUGCAUGUAAUAAAGGCCAACUCAGACAGCGUCGUGCGACGUCGCGCCCAUGCGAUUUGUUGUCGGGGACAGUCAUGUAGUAGAAUAUUAAACGUUUAAUAUUUUCGCAAUAAUCCAAAGACUGUCCCCGGCGAUAAUUCGCGUUGGGUUGAACAGAGCGUCAAUAAAUGGAACUGAAAAUAAUGGAAAUGGAAAAUAGUUUGAACUGCGUGUUAUACAAUUAUUUCCUGGAUAUAGUGCCACAAAUUUGAAAUAAAUGCCCAAAUAAUCUUUGUUACUACCACGGUGUAAUAUUAUUUGCCAUUCUGUUUACUUUAGUUUUGAAAUGUAUUUAAUUACAGAUUUUACAGAUUCAAUGAAUUAAAAUGCACUGUCUGUCAUGAGCUAAAAUAAAUGAAAAAUUCAAUUCUAUAUUUGAUUUGCUUAAUUUGUAUAUGAAAAAGUAAUUAAUGAAAAGAAUUUCUCCAUUAUCCAGUUCAAUAAUACAAUAAACUAUUCAAGAUUUUAAUAACA